GCGGAGCUCUAGCUGUAGGUUAGAGAGGUCUGUGUACAGACCGGUACAACCGUCGCAAAACUGACCCCCCGGUGGGCCGCAGAGAUUUUCGGGGAGCCCUCGGUCGGUUAAACAAACAUGGGGAACGCGGAGAGCGGCUGCGGUGGAGGCAGCGGCGACGAGGACGACGUGGAAACGGAGAGCCCCGGCUUCGCGGAAGACAGUCCGGCCUCUGCGGCCACCGCCGUCGGUGUCGGAGGCGGUGGCGGUGGCGGCUCCGGUUCUGGGAGAAGCGGAAGGGGAUCGAAUAACCUGCCCGUGCCCACCGGUGGACCGCCCAGCCCCGGUGUGCUCCUGGAGCAAGUGAAACUGAGGGAAGCGGCGGCUCGCAUUAGCGACUCGGGUGUCGCCAUUCGGGAGUCUGUCCUGGCUGGGAACGAGGGUGUCCUGGUGCGGUGGCUGGAGGACCGGUUAAACCGAGGAGAGGAGUCCGUCAAUGUGGAACAGUUCUGUGAGAUGUUGGAGAGCAGAGAUGCCCCGAGAGAUGAAUGUGAAGAGGCCUUUGGACAGUUCGAUGCAGAGGGGGAUGGGGUGGUGGAUGUAGAGAGCAUGCUGAUUGCUCUGAAGAACUCCAAUGGAGCUAAUCUGAAGGGAGAGCUGAGUCAUGUGAUAAGACAACUGCAGGCAUGCUCCCUAACUCCAGGUUUUGUUGACAUAUUCUCCAAGACCAAAGACCGGUUAGGGGCACAUGCCUCUAAGAUCCUUAAAUUCUUACACAGGAAUCGUAUUCCCAGCAGUGCCAUCCCCUUCCCUAUUUUAGAGGGCUACAACAGUAUCUGCACCAUGAGAUCCAGUGUGGUCCAGGACUUCUUGGAAUUCCUCUUGCAGAAGGAAAAAGAUUUAGAUAUCCAGUACAGAGCGGAGCUGGACCGUGAUCCAGAGGUGGAUAAAGUCAAGGUGGUCACACAGUGCUACAGCACAAUAGAAGCUUCGUCCAACGUUACAGACAUUUACAAGAUGACAAAUGGGGAAACUGCAUCUUUCUGGCAGUCAGACGGCAGUGCACGUUCGCACUGGAUAAGGUUGAAAAUGAAACCAGAUGUGGUUCUGAGACGCCUGGCCAUCGCCGUGGCUGCUAACGACCACAGCUACAUGCCUCAGCUGGUGUCGGUCGCCGUCGGAAAGAACCGGCGCUCCCUGCAGGAAAUCAGAGACAUCCGCAUCCCCAGUAACGUCACAGGCUACGUAGCUCUGCUGGAGAAUGCCAACAUCACACACCCCUACAUCCAGAUUAACAUUAAGCGGUGCCUGAGUGAUGGAUGUGACACUCGGAUUCAUGGCUUGAAGACACUAGGAUAUCAGAUUACCAAGAGUAAAGAGGUGUCUGUUUCGGAUGCUUCAGCCAUCUGGUACCUGUCUCUCCUCACCUCCUUGGUCACCGCAUCCAUGGAGACUAACCCUGCGCUGGCUCACACUGUCCUUCAGAGCACACAAAAAGCCUUACGUCACAUGCCACCGCUGUCCCUCACGCCGUCAUCCACAGACUUCCCCAAGUUCUUCUCUCUGAACAUCCUGGAGGAGGUGGAUGGAUUUCUCCUCAGGAUAGCAGACUGCUGUGUGAGUCCUGAUGCAGAGUUGACCCUCCUGGCGUUCGCCCUGGCCAGAGGCAGCGUGGCCAAAGUGCUCCAAGCCCUCUCCUGCAUCAGCGAUCAUCUAGAGGCCGAGUACAAGGCUUCCUCCCUCAUCAUGUCUAUGGCUGCCGUCAGGCUGCGUCUACUUAAUCGUAACGGGAAGCCCCUCCAGCUGCACCUGCAGGCCUGUGAUGUGAAGAGUAAAGAGGAGAAAUCAGGACCAGAGAACAUGCUCACAGAAUCCUCCACUGGAGACGGUUUUCUCACAGAAAGUGGCAGGAAGAGAGCCAGUGUGAUCCUGUCAACAGAGGACCAGAGUAAUUUCCAGGUCACUCAGAUGAAGAUCAAAGUACGAAAAGGAGCCAUCGGAGCAAAAUGCGGCUUGGUGUUCGCGUACAAGGAGGAAGACCCUUUUGAUGCAGAGAAACAUUUCAAGAGGUUCAAAAAGUAUGAUGCAUGGGACUACAAGGACUACAAAGAGUUUGUACAAGACAAUGUGAAGAUGUCAUCACAGUCGGAGGACGAGCCGAUUGGCUGGUUUGAGCUAGAGGAUGACUGGAAUGAUGUGGAGAUCAAGCUGCAGCAGUGUCGCGUUGCAAAGUUCCUGAUGGUCAAGUUCCUGUGCACGAGGCAGGACUCUGCUGAGCGCCUUGGGGUGCAGUCCCUCAGCUUCAGUGGCUACCUGUGUCCCGGAGCAGAGAGGCUCGGAGACCUGGACGACCUCAAUCCAGAGGGAGACAGCUUCGACUCUGAUACUGUCACUGGCCUCUGUCUGCUUAACAAGACGCUAUUCUUCAUACAACAGCUCACACGAGACAUGGAUGCCUCUCACUUUAAGCAGAAGUAUCUUCUGGACUUCAGUGGCCUCGGUCUGAACCUCUUCUGGAAAUUCUACAGUAAACUCAGGGAGAUUGAUGGAGAGGAGGUGUUGAAGAGCAGAGUCCUGCUGCUCCAGUUGAUGCAGAACUGUUUCCCCAUGUUGCCCAAUCCACUGGAGCCCCGGGGCUCAGAGGACAGCAAGGGGCCAGAUGAGGGAGCCACAGCUGGUCCGUCCACAUCCAGCAGCUCAGAGCCUCAGAAUGACUCUGUUAGGGCCGUCGGUGAACUCUACAACCAUCUCUGCCACAUUGUGGAUGGUCCAGAGGGGGAGACAUUGGUGGAAAAAGCUUUGCACAAGGAAACAGUGAAGGCCAUUCUUAAUGGAGCAGCUGUUUUCUUCCCUGACAAACACGUCAGACGGGACAAGCUCUUCAACAUGAUGAAAAAUAUCACGGAACAGGAUCAGCCAGAGUCAGUGAAGGUGACAUUUGAAUCGCUCUGUAAUUACUUCAGUGACCAGGAUCCAAGUGGCCUCCUCCUGCUCCCACCUAAAGGAGCUCCCUCAGACUUCGACAUCAGCCCCAUACUGUCAGUGAUGGAGACGCUGCUACUGGUGGCAACAAGAGAGUGUGAGGUUCUGAUGGUGGAUGAGAGCAGUGGAGCCAGCAGGACAGUGUUGCUGUCCUUGUUCUGGGCUCUGCAGGGCAGUCUGCUCUCCUGGUGCUACCUGCAGCUCAAGGGAGGAACCUCUACCACCAUCGCUAUGGAGCUGGCCAGAGACAUCCUGCUGAAAUAUGUGGAUCAGUUCCUGGAGAGCGUCAAAGGUAUUCUCGGCUCCCUGCUGGAGAGGUACUCUGGUGCUGCAAUCACUGAGAAACUAGGCAGCUCCAUCCUCGCCACAGUCUUCAGACAGAUGAUGAUUUUACUCCUGGAGCUGUGCUCUCUGGACAUCCCUCACAGUGUGCUGCUGAAGAGCUUCUCCUCUCUCGUCGAGCUGCUCAAAAGUCUGUCCAGUGAUACUGGAGACAUCUUUUCUAAGGUGGAUCAGGAGAGCUGGCACCAGCCCCAGCAGCCGGUGGUGCUCAGGACCUGGAGCAUGGAGUCCCCUCAUAACUACGAGAACAGCCGCCACGAGACCAGCAUCUUUGCCUGCCCUGGAGCGACCUCCUUUGAGGUGGAGUUUGAUGAACGCUGCGAGACAGAGAAGAGAUAUGACUACCUAGAGUUCACAGAUUCUAGAGGUGGGAAGGUCCGCUAUGACAUGAAAGUUGGGAGUGAGAAGUGGCCAAAGAAGGUGACAUUUGACGCCGGCCCUCAGCUCCAGUUCCUCUUCCACUCUGAUAGCAGUAAUAACGAGUGGGGUUAUAAGUUCAGUGUGACAGCUUUGGGCCUGCCAGAUAUCACUAUUUCGUGGAUGUCAGACCUGCAGCUGCUGGUGGCUCGCCUGAUGGGUCGUCUCGCUUCCAGAACCCUUGCCCUGAAAUCCCCUCAUGAGAUUCGCACCGUUAAGGAGCUUCCAGCAGGGAAAAUGUCCCAUGUUCAGUCUUCUCCCUUAUGGAAACCCAUUCUGCGACACGGAUUGUGUGAAUCACGGGAGACAAAUCAGACGAAAACACCCACAGACCAGACAAAUACAUGGACUCUUGAUGAGUUAACGAGCUUCCUGGAGGACUUUGCCCGUUGGAACCCUUCCCUGGAACCGACAGACAGCAGAACAAAGCUGAUGAAGACCAUCAUGCACUCCUGCAGGAAACAGCCAAUGAGGAACGAGAUUGCUGCCGGGUCAAAGACAGACCAGGCUGUGAAUGCCAUUUGGGCAGUCAUGGUGUACCACACACCAGCCCUCAACCAUGCCCUGAAGACCUAUGUUAAUCAGGACUCCAAGUCCUGUCUAAGUGAAGAGUUUGUGCAGGUGUACUCACUGGCAGACAGCAUCAGAACAUGGAUGUUGGAGAUGAAACAGAGAUACCUAGUUGGCAAAAUGAACGUUCCUGACGAGAAGGAUGGGGGUCAUGAUGAGGUUACCAUGGACACACUAGCUGAGAUGUGUAUUGAGAAGAGCCUCUUGCUCUUCAGGUUCGCCCCUUGUGGAGUACCCUGCCAGGAUGGCGACUUCUCCAAAGCUGCAGAGGGCAGCAGUGUUCCACUCCUCCGUUCAAGCUCCAUCUCAGAAGGGGACUUCCAGGCCAGCUGCACUCAGGGAGCUCAGUCUGCAGGGCCUGAGGAGGCCGUUGACCCUAAACCAGGACCGAGCCAACCCUCCUCAUCUUCUUGUGGGCACAGCAGACAAGGCCACAGAGGCUCCACAGAGAGCCUCUCCUCCCAGCCAGGGGAACCAGCCUCACCCUCCGCCUUCCCCCGCAAAGCCCCGUUCAGUCGGGCGCGCCUACGUCUCCUGUCCUGCCGAUCUAUAGAAGAGCCCCGCAUGACCCCCUCUGUCAAGGAUCGAUACCCAAUGCUCAAACACAUCCUGAACUUCAUGAGGGACCAGGCUCUUACAACAGCAAGCAUUCUGCAGACGCUGUCCCUGAGCAAAGCCCAGGCUCUGAGUGUAUGCAAGGUCCUGGAGAUGGUCCAGCAAUGUUUACAUUCCCUGGGAAAACCACACCUUUUUCAGGCCCCCUGCAUCCUGUUCCUUCAGGAGCUGUUGGCAUGCCAGAAGGACUUCACCAGUUAUUUCUCCCAGUUGUCAGAUAGCGGGCAGAAGCUGGGAGAGGAGGUGAGGUGUUCCUACCAUCAGUUGGUGCUCAUGCUGGUGGAGGCAGUACAAGGCUUCGGCAGCCUUAAUGAAAAAGCUCUGCUGCCAGCCCUGUCAUGUGUGCAGACUUGUCUGUUGCACCUUCUGGACAUGAGCUGGGAGGUCCAAGACCUCCCUCUGUUCCUGAACAUCAAGCUGCCCGACCUCCUGCUCAGCAUGUCCCAGGAGAACAUCAGCGUUCAUGACAUCGCCAUCAGUCAGUGGACGGAGGAGGAUGAAAUUGCAGACUACAAGAAGAACCAGGAAUGGAUGGACGAGUGCAUGGACGGGAUGUUCGAGAAGUGGUACGACAAGAUUGAUGAAGAGGACUCCAUGGAGGACAGAAGAAAGAUGCACAUGUUCAUUGCACGCUAUUGUGACCUGCUGAAUGUUGUUAUCUCCUGUGAUGGCUGUGAGAGGAUGGCGCCUUGGCACCGCUACCGAUGUCUGCAGUGCAUGGAUAUGGACCUCUGCAAGACCUGCUUCCUCAGUGGUGCCAAGCCUGAAGGUCACGAGGAUGACCAUGAGAUGGUGAACAUGGAAUACGCCUGUGACCACUGCCAAGGGCUCAUUGUAGGCAGCAGGAUCAACUGUAACGUCUGUGAAGACUUUGACCUGUGCUUUGGUUGUUACAAUGCAAAGAAGUAUCCCGACAGCCAUCUGCCCACCCAUCGGAUCACAGUAUACCCCAUGGUGACCAUACGGAUCAGUGACCGUCACCGCCUGAUCCAGCCCUACAUCCACAACUACUCCUGGCUGCUGUUUGCUGCUCUGGCUCUCUACACGUCAGAGCUGAGCAGUCAGAAGCAGGUGGAAGGAGAGUCUUUGGAGCAGGCCGCUGUCCUGCAGACACACUGCUCCCAACUCAUCACUGACUGUUUGCUCAAAGGGCAGACCGGCAAAGGUCUGCGCUCCUCAGCCUUACUCGCUCUGCUGUCGUCCAACGAAUCGGCCUCCGACAGUGAGCUGUGUCCGGUUUCUCCAGAAUCCUCUCAGGAGCUCAGUACAGCCACUGACACUUCCUCACUGCCUGGCAGCACUGCAGCAGUCUGCUCCCCAUCAUCUCCCAUGGACAAGAGUAAACCAUCAGGUAAAGAGAAAAAGUCAAAGGAGGUGGGCUCUCCUCCCCCUGCUCCUUCAGAGGUGUUGUCCCCCCCGAGCACCGUAGAGGGGGAGAAAAUGAAGCUGGUUACCCAAGACACCCUGGACUCCCCCAGCCUCAGUCAGACUCCAUCUGUGUCCAGUGAGGACCCCCUGUCUCCUGUGGUCCGACCUUCAGAGGCCGCUCCAGGAACAAUCAACUCUCCAUCAUCUGAUGUUGUCAAGGAGACAGACGAAAGGCUGCCACAGGUUCCCCUUCAGGAGCAUGUGUUCUCAGAGUGCUCCAGAGAGAGGAUCCUGGGACUACUGGCAGCCAUGCUGCCACCAGCCAAACCAGGCAGCACUCUGUCUCUGCCCAGUCUCAACUCCAUCCUGCCCAAACUCUUCCGGGCAGUUAUUUCCAAUGCUGGCUCUCUCAACGAGACCUACCACCUCACCCUGGGACUGCUGGGUCAGCUGUUGCUUCGAAUCCCACCGAUGGAGGCAGACGCUGCCGUCACGGAAGCCCUCGCAGACAAAUAUGACUUACUAACACAAGGAGAGGCGGCGAGUUCAGACACCCAGGGCUGGAAGACCACCCAACUGCUCCUCAGCCUCGGGGCUGUCUGUUUAGACAGUCGUAUUGGUCUGGACUGGGCGUGCACAGUGGCAGAUAUUUUACACAGUCUGAAUGCUUGUCAUGAGUGGAGCACCGUCAUUGCUGCCUUCACUGACCACUGUAUUCAGCAGCUGCCACAAACUCUCAAACGCACUAACCUUUUCACCCUGCUGGUGCUGGUGGGCUUCCCCGAGGUGCUGUGUGUGGGCACCCAGACGGUGUUUAUCGACAACGCCAAUGAACAGCACAACAUGAUCUUGCUCAAGCACUUCACAGAAAAGAACCACGCCGCAGUGGUGGAUGUUAAGACACGCAAGAGGAAAACAGUGAAGGACUACCAACUCAUACAGUCUCAGGAUUCCACCGCUGCCGGUCUCCCGGGGCAGUUAGAGAGCCAGGGCUCCUCAAAGGCCCUGCUCAGCCGCUACCUGAGCAAUUUCACCUCCAUCAUCAGCCACCUGCUGCAGACCAGCCAGGACAACGGCUCUCCUGAUGCUGUGGAGGCAUCCUGGGUUCUCUCGUUGGCCCUGAAAGGCCUCUACAAUACACUGAAGAAACAUGGAGUAGAACAAGCUCAGGAGGACAUCCAGCAAUCAGGACUGACCCAGCUGCUGGUGAGGAAGUGCAGCAAAGGGACAGGCUUCAGCAAGCUGUGGCUGCUGCGAGAUCUGGAGAUCCUCUCCAUCAUGCUCUACUCCUCCAAGAGGGAGAUCCACUCCAUGGCCCAGGACCCAGAGAGAGACCAGAGAGAGCAGGACAAGGAGCACGACUCGGACCACUCCAGCUUCUGCGCUGAUGACACCGACGUCAACAAGCCCGACCCAUUGGAGGGUCUCGAUGAGGAGACAAAGAUUUGCUUCCAGAUUACCCACGAUGCCUUAAACGCCCCUCUGCCCAUCCUGCGAGCCAUGUAUGAGCUGCAAAUGAAGAGAACGGACUCCUUCUUCCUGGAGGUGCAGAAGAGAUUUGAUGGUGAAGAGAUAAAAACUGACGAGACAAUCCGAACCCUGGCUCAGAAGUGGCAGCCUAACAGGCGGCCUCGCUCUGAGGAGAGGAACACCAAGGCUGUGGACACUGAUAUGAUUGUGGUGUCAUGCAUGUCUAAACCCAGUCACUGUGAAAAGGCCACGGAGGAAAUCAACGUGGUGGCCCAGAAGCUCAUCACAAAUUCAGAGAGCGACUUACAGCUCAGCUACGCCAAACAGAGGCGCACCAAAAGUUCAGCGCUCCUGCACAAGGAGCUGGAUGUGCGAAGCAACCGGGCAGUUCGUCAAUACCUGGUGAAGGUCAACCAGGCCAUCGCCACGCUGUACGCCCGCCACGUGCUGGCCUCUCUGUUGGCCGACUGGCCCAUGGAGGCGGCGCUGAGUGAGGAGGCACUGGAGCUGAACGGUGCCUCGCACAUGGCCUACAUCCUGGACAUGUUGAUGCAGCUGGAGGAGAGGCCGCUCUGGGAGAAGAUUCUCCAGAGGGUGCUGAAGGGGUGCAGCCAGAGUAUGCUGUGCAGUCUGUCCCUCACUGCCUGCCAGUUUAUGGAGGAGCCGGGUAUGGCUCUGCAGAUCAGAGAGUCCAAACACCCGUAUGACAACAACACUAACUUUGAGGACAAGGUGCACAUCCCGGGGGCCAUCUAUCUUUCAGUAAAAUUUGACUCCCGCUGCUACACAGAGGAAGGCUGUGAUGAGCUCAUCAUGUCCAGCAGCAGCGACUUCCUGCAGGAUGUCCACAACUUCAGCGGCUCCCCUCAGAAAUGGUCGGAUUUUGAGAUUCCUGGUGAUACCCUGUACUACAGAUUCAUGUCUGACAUGAGCAACACAGAGUGGGGCUACAAGUUCACCGUGACAGGAGGCCACAGAGGACGCUUCCAGACAGGUUUUGAGAUACUGAAGCAGAUGUUAGCAGAUGAGCAGGUGCUCGGUCACCUGCCGCUGGCUGACAUUUGGGAGUGGCAGGUGGGCGUGGCCUGUCGCCAGACCGGGAACCAGCGUCUCAAAGCCAUUCACCUGUUGCUCCGCCUCCUGCAGUGCCAGUCCCAGACAGCAUGUGAGCUGACACUGCUGCGACCUCUGUGGCAGCUCUUCAUGUCCAUGGAAAACAGCCUGAGCCAGGAUCCCACCAGUAUCACUGUGCUGCUGCCUCUUCACAGAGCCCUUACUGAACUCUUCUUCAUCGCAGAGGCCCGGGCCAUCGCACAGGGAAUCCUCCAGGAGUACUUGUUAGCCAUGACCACUGACGAGCAGCUCCUCAAUCACACUGCAAUGGCUCUGAAGAACAUCGCUGCCAUCAGCCUGGCGAUCAAUUACCCCAAUAAAUCUACAAAGCUGCUCAACAUGUCCCCCUGAGAGCUCCACUGAGGGAGAUGAGGACCUGAAGGGACGCAUCCUGACUCAGCUGGUUCACUCUGAACAUGAGGACGGAGAGCACUGACCAUCCGGUGCUUUCUGUCUAAAAGGACCCCUCCACUGCGCUGACUCUCUGCAGUGCAGGAGCUGUUGAGGGCAACUCACAGAGCACUUUCCACACUUACUCACAAUCCUUUUUGCCUUAGGUGAAUCCAGUAUAUCAGCAUGUGCAUUCACUGCAACAGGAACAAUUGCUGGGGGUCUGUUUUUAUUUUAUUUUUACUUGAAGAUGCCGUGCUAAAGGACAUGAAGUGUGCCAAAUUCGCGACCUUCAAGGGGAAUUAUAUUCCUUUUUUUCCUGCCUUUGUUCCUCCUAAACAGCAGCCACUCUGGGUUACAUAGUUGAUCAUGGUGAAAACAGGUCACCUUGGCGACUUGCGUGUCUCUGUGGACAUGUAGAGCAUCCUAAAAAUACUGUCCAGGACAGUGGAGUCUCAUUAGUCACCAUGGGAAGAAAGUUCUGACCUACUAGCUCAUUCCUUCCUUCCUUCCUUCUUUCAUUUGAUCUAUACUUCCUUUCUUCCUUCUUUCCCUUCCUAUUCUUCCUUUUCUGGCAACAGAAAUAGAGGAUGGUGUUUUUGGGGCCCCUGUUGAAGGCAAGGAUCAGUAUGUCAUGUGUAAUGUGCACUAAGACUCACUUCAGCGCUGCUGAACAGAAUUGAGAUGAUACUCAAAUAGCCAUAGUCUUUGCAUAGGAUGAGAAUGAACAUUAAAGCUGAGGGAAAACUGUGAUAAUAUACUAUUGCAAUGCAUUCCUCCAUGUUAUUCUAUCAAUAUGUUGAAGUAUAUUCACUCCAUCACUAGUGAAUGAAUGAAAGACCAUCAUGAUGUCAAUUUAAGAUUAAUAACAGCAAAAAAAGUCAUUGAGAAACAGAAUCUCUUAAAGGCCUUCAGUUUUAUCCACUGAUUUAUUUAUUAAUUAUUAUUUUAUCUAAUGUAAAAUUGAGUUUGAGAGUCCUGAUUUAUUUUUCACAGCAGUGAAACAAAAACUGAGUUAUAAAUUAACUGAAUUCAUAAUUCAAUUCAUAAUCAUGUACCAGUAUCUUGUUUAAUAUCUGUAACAGCUGCUGAUUCUCACUAAUGCUCAGAUGGCUCGUCAUGCCCUUGCAUCACUUAUAAACAUUUAAUUGAGUGUCCUUGUUAAAGGGACAGUUCAGAUCAAAGCUACAUAUUUUUCCUCUUACCUGUAGUGCUAUUCAUUAAAUAAAUUGUUUUGUUCUGAUUUGCCGAGAGUUGGAGAUACUUGCCUUCUCUUGAAUGUCAUGGAUCUAGAUAACACUCGGCUUGUGGUGCUCAAAGUGCUAAAGAAAUACAUUUGAAAAACUCAACAGCAAUGUCUCUGUCAAGAAAUCAUGACCUGGUUGCUCAAGAUAAUCCACAGACCUCGUUGUUAGCAGUUUCAUGUAGGAACUAUUUUUUUUUCUACCAGACUACACUUGCCAGCUGUAUCACUGAGCAGAAGAAAGUGUGCAUCUACUGCUAGCUCACCUAGCACCACUCCACAGACCUUGUGAGCAGUUUCAUGUAGGAACUAUUUUCUUUCCACUGAACUACACCCGCCAACUGUAUCACUGCACAGAAGGGGAUGGUGAUAUAGAAUUUUUCACAUACACACACACACACACACACACACACACACACACACACACACACACACACACAGAGUGACAGGGCUAACUGUUAGCAUCACACAGCUAAUGUUACCUAACAGUUAUUCAUGGGUUUAACGACAGCACCAAGCCAAUUUGAGUGUCAGUGUGAGUUUGUUAGGACUGUUUAACAGCCUUGUGUCCAAGGUUAGCCGCUGCUGCUUUGAUAGCUCGCACUGACUGGGCAGACGUUGGACUGCCUAUUCAGUGUAAUGGCAGCAACAGAAAGUCUGCAGAUUUUUUUUCCACCAGUGAAGAGGACUCAUAAAUGUGUACAUCUCUGCCUCUGGGCCAGUAGCUUGCUUAGGGGUGCUGUAGUCGUCUCCCAGCAGCAACAUCAUGGCACUGCUAUGGCGAUGCCUUAUGACUACAGGCUAGGCAGCAGCAGACUUUGCUGUCUCAUUAUCUUCCCCUGUGGUGCCAGUACAUUAUAUCUUAUAUAGGUUUUUAACUGUUUAACUGAUGAUUUUAAUCAGUCAAAAUUCUUGUGGUCAGUUAGUGGUUAAAGAGUUAUUGACAUUCCCUAAAGGAAGUGAGCUUCUACUCAUGGAAGAGAGCCUCUAGCUCAGGACAGUGCAAGAUCAAUGUCAUCAUCUUCAGAUGAGCUGUAACGUUAGCUAGCUCAGUGGUGUUGGGUGAGUUAACAGUAGCUAUAUGCUUUCUUCUGCGCGGUGAUACGGUUAGUAUGUGUAGUUCGGUAGAAAGAAAAUAGUUCCUACAUGAAAGUGCUCACAACAAGGUCUGUGGAUUAUCUCGAGUAACUGGGUCAUGAUUUUUGGAAAGAGACACUGCUGCUAAGUUUUUAAAUUUUUUUAUUUAUUUAUAUUUUUUUGUCACCCUUUUUUGGCACCACAAGCCGAGUGCCAUCUGGCUCCAUUAUACUGGAGAGAAGGCAAACAUACUGCCGAUAUCUCCGACACUAUGUAACUCACAUUGAAACAUUCUAGAUUGACAAAUAGCACUACAGGCAAGAGGAAGAAUACAUAUUUUUGAUUUGGGGUUGAACUGAGUUGACGCACUGAUAAACGUAAAGAUGACUGUAAAAUAGACACAUUAUCCCACUUACUCACUUGUAACACGUCACAUAUUUUGUAAACUGAGAAAGUUGAAUUCUUUAAUACUGACUUACCUCAUCUUUUGUACUUAGACAAAUAGGCAGUGUGACGCUUCCUUAAAUGUUUGGCUGCCGCUAAUGAUUAUUUUCAUUAUCCAUUAACCUGCCCGUUAUUUUCUCGAUUAAUUAUUGUGUCAAUAAAAUGUCCAACACGUUCUCAUCCCAGGUUGUCAAAUACCAGCGCUUAAUCUCACACCUCUCAGCGUAUGAUACGACAUUGAAAGCAACCUUUAGUGUCUGUAUGUGACGCACAGCUCUCUCCUGGGUGAGACUUGUUGUAACGUGGUUAACACUGUCCGGCUGGGGUAGAUUUGGGCUCAAAACUUCUUGGUUAGGGUGAGAAAAAACAUCAUGUUUUUGGUUAAAGUACGAAUGUACUGUGAUGUAAAUGUGUCACAGGAGUAGGGUUGCAGUAGUAUAGAGAUUUCAUGCUAUACCGUGGUAUGAAAAUUGACAGUAAUCAUACCAUGUGCGUUUGCUUAUCUACGGAUGGAGAAUCCCGCACAUCUCUUUUCUUUCUUGACUGCCUGUCAGACUUUUUAAACAUACGUCCAUUUAAAAGAAAAUGGUUUAACCCUCAUUGUAACUGAUGUUAGUGAUAAUGUAAUAAUGUAUACCAUGAAACUGUGAUAUUUUCUGAGACAGUUAUCGUCCAAUGAAAAUCUCAUACCAUUGCAGCCCCACAAGUGAGUGAUCUAAGUACGUCACUUGUCAGUGUCAGAUAUUGCAGUCAAUGUGUUUACAUUGGAGUUCAUUGACAGCCCGUGUGUCUCAUGGAGACACCAAAGGGUGCCUUCAGCAUCAGUGUUGCAUGCCAAGGGGCAUGGCAAAGCAUUGGCAUUUGAUGACCUGGAAAAGAGAACGAGCUGAUACGUAACCAGAGCCUAAGGUGACGUCUUCAAAUGGUUUGUUCUAUCUGAACCAAACGUGCAAAAUCCCAAAUUAUUCAGUUUAUAAUUGUGUAGGACAAAGAAAAGCAUCAACUUUUCACAUUUAAGAAGCAUUAAACCAACAAAUGUUUGGCUUUUUUUGCUUAAAAAUUGCUUAAAUGAUUAUUUGAUGAUCAAAAAAGUUUUCUGUCAAUCGACUAACUGUGCAGCUCUAUGUAAAUGUUCUUUCAGUCACAUUACACCAACCCCACAUUGGAAUAAAGCUGAGAUCCACCUGUAGCCAUGUCAUCACAGAUCAGUCUUGUUAAUGAAGGCAUCGAGUUUUGUAUGUUGACAAAUCUAAAUGUGUGAGUAGAGUGAGAAUUGAGUGAGUAGACAAGAAUUGUUUUCCAAUCAUCACUGUAUUCAUUUCAGAUGAAGAGAUUGUUUUAGUUGCAGAAAGUCGUGGUUUAUACCAAAGAAACCAAUCAUUGUGAGCCAUGAAACAUCUCUCAAAGAGAGUUCCUUCUCUGUUUGUCACAUAUCAGAUCGCUACCCGGUGAGAAGCUGGAGCAGAGGAAACCUUUAGACUUUGUUCUGUCUUUUAUUUUUUACUUUUAUUUUUGAAACGGUCCCUGUGAGGGCCGUAAAAUAGCUCGGUGGUUUUGUUUACAUGAGCUGCAGUGAGGAGAAAGGAAGAGAUAACAUGGCCUCCAUUUGGCUUCUGCGACGCCUCACCUAUCUACGACGUGCCUAUGGUUAAAAAUGAAGCAAUCAUAAUUUAACUCAUGUUAGCCGAAUAGUUAUUAAUUAUAUUUUAAAAAAGAGAAAUAUAUUGUUUAAUUUGAAGUUUUUUGUAACUUUUUACUUUUAAUGUUGGUUUUCUUUUUGGCGAGGAUGCUUGAUGUUUGAGGCUGACUAAUUUGAAUGUACAUAUCUGUGAAUAUUAAUUGCACAGGAGAAAGACUUUGAUAUCAACCCCUUACAAAUAUAGACUUUAUUGGGCACUAACAGAUGGACACUUUGAUUCUGAUUUUGUAUGCAUGGCACAUUGAAGGUAAAUAAAGAGAAAACAUGUACUGCUUGGGUUGAAAUGUGAUCCAUUUCUAAUAAAAAAUAGAAAUGACUUAAAUAGAA